GUUGAAAUUUUGACGCAAAACAAUCUGAAAAUCGAUAUUUUGUCUGUGAAAAAUUGUUUUUACAACAAAUUUUAUUAAAAUUUUAAGGAAAAUUCGAGUUUUUGAAAAUUUUUAAGAGUUUUACGAGAUUUACGAACCUUUGUACGACACAAAAACGUUAAAGAAUGAACCAAGUGGUGUCGAUUCAGGGUGAGGAUAUUUUCGGGACAGUAAUCCGUUAUGGGCUCUAUUUAGGAGCGAUUUUCCAAAUGGUUUGUCUCGCAGCUUGUAUUUUCUUGCCGGAUACUCUGGAGAAUUGGAGGAAUUCUGAAUUUGACUCUCGUGAUGACUCCAGCAGUCAAUCGAGUCCGCAAAACACGCCGAAACAGAGGAAUUAUCGCGUGAAGAAGGACAAGAAGAAGCGGCGUUAAAGCGAUGGAAGUCGAGAAUUUUUUUGUUUUGUACGUUUUUGUGAUAUUUUUGUAACUUUCUCGUAUUUAUCGGAUGUUUACGAGGUUCUGUACUUAAAAUUUUUAUUUAUAUUUACAUGAAUUUCCAUUUUUUAACACGACACAAUUGUAUUUAUUGAAUAAAAAUGAAGAUUAGUCAUA